AGAAACAAAUCGAAACAGGGGAACAAGGAACAGGUUAAUACACGGAUAAAGUGAUUUCUUCCACUUCCCAGCACUCAUGGGCACAGCAGUUCACCUUUGUGGCUGUUUCAAUUCCACCACUUCCAAUUCUCAUCAACUUCAACCUUUCAAAACUCGUACCAAAUGCAACUAUGCUGCUCAAUCAGUGAAAGCGCUUCCUAUUCGUAUAUUAUCGGUGGGGAAGAAGCGAUCGCGUGGACUGCAACUCUUGGUUGAUGACUACAUUGAAAAGAUUAAGUAUUAUUGUAGUGUUGAGGAUGUUCAAAUACGGCCCAAUCCGAGAAAUGCACGUGACCACAGGGCUCAGGUUGAUGAUGAAGAUACGGCAGUGAUGAACAUUAUAAGGUCUGAUGAUUGGGUUGUGAUGUUGGAUGAACGUGGGCAAGACAUAGGAUCUGAGCAAAUGGCAGAGCUGGUGGGUGGUGCAAGUAAUACUGGUGCUUCACGAUUAUCUUUCUGUAUUGGCGGUCCUUAUGGUCAUGGAAGAAAAAUACGAGAACGUGCUAACAUAUCUAUCAAGUUAUCUUCACUGGUUUUAAAUCAUCAAAUAGCAUUACUUGUGCUCAUGGAGCAGCUUUACAGGUCAUGGACAAUUUUGAGAGGACAAAAGUACCAUCAUUAGAUGCCUUGUCUUAUUUUGUUUAUCUUUCAUAUGUCUUGGUGAUCUGUCCAAUUUUCCUCCGAACCUUUUUAUACCUUGUCCUGUAUUUCACAGAACUUGCCUCAAAUUGAGGUGGACGGAUGAGAGAUGUUUGUUAUGAAUAAUUGAACUUGAUUAAUAGAGUGCAAAUAUGAAAUGGUGAGGUGGUUGUUUAUUCA